CUCUGGUCAUCCCCUGUACUGUCCACAGUCUCUGGUCAUCUCCUGUACUAUGUCUGCAGUCUCUGGUCAUCUCCUGUACUGUGUCCACAGUCUCUGGUCCAUCUCCUGUACUGUGUCCGCAGUCUCUGGUCCAUCUCCUGUACUGUGUCCACAGUCUCUGGUCAUCUCCUGUACUAUGUCCGCAGUCUCUGGUCAUCUCCUGUACUAUGUCCGCAGUCUCUGGUCAUCUCCUGUACUGUGUCCGCAGUCUCUGGUCAUCUCCUGUACUAUGUCCGCAGUCUCUGGUCAUCUCCUGUACUGUGUCCGCAGUCUCUGGUCAUCUCCUGUAUCUCUGGUCUGCAGUCGAUUUGGUUCAGAAUAUUUUUUUUUCUUGUUUUUAUCCUCU